GUCACUCUAACCGUCACAACAGCCAUGAAAAUAAUGCAAAACUGUCAUCUGUGUUUAGCCACGGUUAGACAAAUAAGUCGGCUACAGCCGACGAUCUUUACAAGGUACCUUAGUACCGCUAAUCCUGAUAUUCAACAUGCAGACGUUGUCAUUUCAGGCGGAGGCAUGGUUGGAGCAGCGAUGGCCUGCGCCCUUGGGCAUGAAAGUUUACUACAGAACAAAAAGAUUGUUCUUUUGGAGGCUGCACCGAAGAAGAAGUUCACUCUCACAGAAAACUAUGGAAACAGGACUUGUACACUGAGUCCAGGCUCCAUUGCCUUGUUUGAAAAGUGUGGGGUAUGGUCAGAGAUUGAGAACAUGAGAUGUCAACGUGUACUGAGAAUGCAGGUAUGGGAAUCCUGCUCAAACUCUCUAAUCACUUUCAACCAAGAAGACAUGAGUGAUGAGCUAGCCUAUAUAGCAGAGAAUGAUAUUAUACUCGAGGCAAUCACACGCCGUCUCGACACAGUGCAAGAUCAUAUAGACGUUAUGUAUGGAACCCGGGCUGAGGAGAUUUCAAUACCUGGUGUUGAUACAGAACUAGAGUCCAAUGCAUGGGUGGAAGUAAAACUGAAUAAUGGAACAACUUUGAAAACUAAACUAUUGAUAGGUUCAGACGGCAUGAACUCUGCAGUGAGGAAAGCUGCCAACGUUCACACCGUGUCUUUUAACUAUGACCAGAAGGCAGUUGUUGCAGUUCUCAAGUUAGAUGAGACAGACAAUAAUGUAGCCUGGCAGAGGUUUCUACCCACAGGGCCAAUUGCCAUGUUGCCUAUGUCGGACACAGCCAUCAGCCUUAUUUGGACAACCUCACCAGAACAUGCUAAGGAGUUGCUGGCUCUUUCAGAUGAGAGUUUUGUGGAUGCUGUCAAUGAUGCAUUUUUCCAUGACAGAGAUCAAAAUGAUACUGCAGGGAGAGUAUCAGAUGUUUUCCAAAAUAUUCUGAGAAAUGUUGUCCCAGGAGGUACAUCUGUCCGUCAGCUCCCUCCUGUAAUCACAGGGGUCCAGCCCGGCAGUCGUGGAGGCUUUCCUCUCGGACUCACCCAUGCAUCUAACUAUGUCAGACACAGGGUUGCUCUCAUUGGUGAUGCAGCUCACAGGUUUCACCCAUUGGCAGGCCAGGGCGUCAAUCUCGGAUUCGGAGAUGUAACCAAACUCUCCGAGGUGAUCACCCGAGCAGCAUCUGAAGGCAGCGACUUGGGAUCGUUGACGUACCUCAAGGAAUAUGAGACAUCUCGGCAGCGUAAGGUGAUUCCGGUUAUGGCCACAGUGGACGGCCUUCAGCGACUCUACAGUACUGACAUGACACCAGUGGUGAUGCUGAGAUCCCUAGGGCUCCAGGCCACCAAUGCCAUCAAACCUCUUAAGGAUCUUAUCAUGAAAAGAGCUUCAACUUGACAUUCAAGAUUGAAAGUCGAAGAAAAACACAGGCCGAUGCUGCAAAUUUUCUGUGACCAUUCACAAUUCACAUUAUACAAAGAUUAAGAUGCGGAGUUGAUGAGUAGUGAAUUUUGGGGAACAACUUGCUAUUCUCUGGAGUGUAGAUUCUUUCAUUGGCAAACUUGAUGCUUUUAAGAUUUGUGCUUUUUUAGCUCACCUGAGCACAAAGUGCUUAGCGCGAGCUUUUGUGAUAGGGUGAUUGUGUGUUGUCUUUCGCUGCUCGUCAUCAACUUCUCUUAAACCACUGGAACAAUUUCAACCCUAAUCACAGGAAUAUUACUUGGUUGGUCCUUCAAUAAAAGUGGUUCCACGCAGAACUAUGGUUUUCAUGGCAACCAAAAAUAAAAACUUUUCACUAUAUUGAAAACUUUGGAAAUCUCCUCAGAAUCUGCUGGCUUGAUUUAAAAAAAACAAAAAAAAACAGAAAUGUUCCCUAGGUGACCUAUCAAAUUCCUAUACCCCAUGACAAACUUGGUCCCCAAGGUAGGGUCUGCUUACCGCCAUAUGUCUAUAUGUCAAACUUUGAAAAACACCUCAGAAACCAUGUUGAUGUGAACCUUCUUAUUUUACUGUUUUACAAUUAUUGAAUAUAUCAACUUCAACAUUCAAGUUUAUUCACAGUAUCAAUGUGACAAGAAUUGUGGCCCUUAGUAACUUUUUAAAAUAACACAUUUUUUCAUGUUAUAAUUUCACUCUGAAUGUCAAUGUGAAGAAAUGAACAAGGCGCAGGUCAACGGCGGGAGUAACUAUGACUCUUUUAAGGUUGCCAAAUGCGACAUCACCUAAUAAGUAGUGCGCAUGAAUGGAUUAACGAGACCCACACUGUCCCUCCUACUAUCUAGCGAAACCACAUGCAGGGUGUGCGGGUGGCUUACAAGAGGGCAGCGUCCAGUAUAUUAAUCACUAAUUAAAGAUCCUUUUGUCCAAUCAGGUGAGCAAUAUAAGGCCAUCUUGUGAAAUAUUUAUAUACUGUUGUUGAAUAAAACUUAAGAUUGAAUAAAACUAAGAUUUCA